UUGAAAAACUCAGCCCUCACUCAAGACGGGUUUCGUUAUCCGAUGGCAGCGGCCCGUUGGCCUAGUUACGAGGUCGUUUCAAACCAACAUGUGCCCACCCCUGCCAGUCGUCAAGUAGUGUUCGAACCAACUUUCACCAAAAUGGAAGAAAUUGAUUACACUGCUACAAAACGACUAAAGGAGGCGUUCUCCAAGGUGGAAAAACGUUGUCCUGGCUUCAGCCAAGAGUUCAUUAUUGGCCUUUUACAGCGGCUGGGUGUUGAGAAAGAAGUGGACCUCUCAGAGCUGAGUUUACGACUUGCCGGCUUUCAAGAGGGAGGUGUUCACCGGAGCUCUCGGCGCCCCUACUUAAGUGAAAUUGAAGCAAAAGCCCAGGUCCUGAAGGCCAGUUUGAGUACCAUACCGGAUAAGAUUUCCGAUCGACGUUCGUUUAUAGAACUGAUUAAAGUGAUUGCAAACGCCAUAAAGCAAGUUCUGGACGCCGUAACACAAGUGCUCGAUGCGCUGCAACAUAGUACACAAAGACAAGCCUUAGACGAACAGAAACGCAGCUUUCUACACUACUGCCGUCAGUUCAGUGCAACCCUGAAGGCCUAUUUUAAAGACAACAAUCAACAAGCUGUCUAUAACAGUGCCAAUCGUCUGGUCAACCAAGCCAACCUUACCCUCUUGAUCAUUCGCCAAUUCGACUGAGUCUUCAUAUAGUUUUGUUCACUGAAAAUCGGAUCCAUUAUGGUCGUUCUGCCUUUCGGUUCAUCAUUUGAUUGCAACCGGACUCAUGUGAAAACAUCCGUUGAUUUCGCUGCUUUUCUACUGCCUUUUCACACCUGUAAUACUUAUAACCUUCGAC